AAGGUAAACUUGCCUUGUCGUCCGCCGACAUACACGGGAGAAGUUAUGGGGUUGGUGGGACAUGAUAUGUAACGACCUGCAUCAUGUCAGACAACUAUAUAUUUCCGGAGUCUCCUCCGCGAUGCUCGGCCCCCAUCACCAACUCGCUCUCCAUUGUCCGUGAACAGGCGGUCGGGAAUAUCACGCCACAUACCUCACUGGACGGUCUGGAACAAAUGUCUCAACAAGAUGAUCUCCCUGUCCACGUGGGUCGCCGCAUUAGCUGAACUCUGGAUGUUGACCGCAUUCUUGGAAUCUGGCUGGAAUGCGCAGGUCUGCGGGUUCGGAAUUGACCUAACUGUUGACCAUGCCUCA